CCCUCCGCGCCACACCGACUGCUGAUCACGUAUUACAGGAGUGGUCACGUCGACCAUGGCCGAUACCAAAGUGUCCUUCCAAGCACUCCAGCUCGCCAACGAGCACCGCAGUGCGUACGGUCUCAGGUACAACGAUGUCACGCGGUACAGAAAACACUGUGCCAAUCGAACGCACCGACUCCGGUCGACGCUGAAAAUGACCCAUGGAAAGGGACGCGAGUUUAAGAAGAUGGCACCUUUGACGACGGAUAUCGUCAGAGAUGGACAUCUUCAACUGCUCCUCUUCGAAGCCGAACGUGCAUGGGCGUAUGCACAGGAUCUUAUCGCACAGUCAACACGGCCAGCUAAUGAAGGCCAUGCAGGAACGCUGCGUCACAGCGCAACCGGUCGGUUCCGGAGAUCCGUCCACUGGGCCACACAGCUCCUCUCGCACUGUCAGGCCCUGUAUGCAUCCUCACGUCUCUCGGCGGAAAACCUCAUCCAGGCGACCGUGUACACGCUGAUUCUGAAUGGCCGGUUCUUGCGCUAUCGGGACGAUUUUGAGGAUGCGCUCGUUCAACUGAGCGUUGCGAGGUAUCUUUUGGAUGAGUUGGCUGAUCGGGCGGAGACGAGCAGAGAUCAGGCACUUGCUACGCUGUUUGCGGAUGAGAUCGGUCCUGAGAUUAGGUAUUGUGCUCACGAAUUGGGUAGGGAAAAAGCUUACGAUGUCGAUGCGAUCGUCACCGAGUUGGCCGGAAAACACGGGAAUGAUAUUGUAGAGGGGUGCGAAUCUUUACUGCAGAAGCUGAAACAGGAGGGCGAUAUAUCGGGUCGUGGUGAGGCGAAGAAGAAGCUUCAGGUUUUGAUGUGGGAGGGCCAACCGAUUCCGGUGCGCAACCCGGAGCUCGUGGAUGUGCUGUUGAAGGUGCAAGAGGCGGAGGCGAAAAUUUCUGAUACCUCCCGCGAUGCGACGGAGAAGCAGGGUGAUAAGAAAAAACAAAGGGGCAAGGGUAGAAAAGGCACUGGAUCGAAGAAAGGUGUUGCGGCUUAUGAUGGAGUCCUUUCUGCCCUCAGCGAUGCAGAGGAAGUGGCAAGAAAGCUCGUGGAAGCCCAGCAGAGUACUAACAAUGCGGGGACGUCUGCAGCUGGCACGCGUGACGUGCAGUUCGUGCAUGCUUAUAUCGUUUUCCAGCUGCUUUCUCGUCGUAUCCAACGAGACCUGUUGCUGGUUUCCGCAUUGCUCAGUUCACACCAGCCCGCUGCCGCUCAAAAUACGUCGAAGGCAAAGAAGGAGCAGGUGGAUGGGAGGUUGUACCCAGCGGUAGUGAAAUUGCUGGAGACAGUGAUUCAGAGUUUGACUCAAAUGCGAAGUCUGAGUAUCGUGGAUGAGAGCCCCGAACUUGCCUCUGCUGUCGAAGCGAGAUUGACAUUCACAAAAGCCCGACGAUGUUUUUACUUAGCGCAGUGCUAUAUUGCUGUGAAAAGGUAUGCGGAGGCGAUGACGCUCAUUCAGCAUGCUACGCUUCACCUUCGCGAGACGCGGUCUACGUUAUCUACUGUUGCUGGUGUCACCACUGCGGUGGACGUGUCUUACCUCCUGCCCUUGGGUGUGGUCGAUGCUCUAGAUGCAUCGAUAUCCGAGGCCUCGCCGAAUGUCAAGAAAGAGUGGUUUGCGUACAACGGGGGUACGGUAAACGGAGACCCGAAAGCGCAUCAAAAGCCCCUGUUCUUCGACAUUGCGCUCAACUACGUGCAACUGGAUAUGGACAGGCUACUGGAGCGUGCUGGGAAGAUGCCGGUCAAGCAAAACAAAGAGGAGGUACCUCAGCCUGUCAAAUCCAGACGGGAGGAAGUGGUCAGAGCAGAGACGCCUGAGCCUUCUGCGCAGACCCGGGCUGGACUGAGUGGACUGCUGGGAGGAUGGUGGGGACGGAAGUGAUGAUGACCUAAUACGCUGUAUCACGUGACAGAUGAAUAGGAUGUUUGGGUGUGUUUGUUGUUGGCGAAGA